AUGGAGAUUGCUAAACGAAUGGAGGCAGAUGCCGAAGCUAGUCAGGAGCCUUGGAAGGUUCUGGUUCACCGAAAGCUGCAACCUGAUUGGUUCCCGUAUGAUCCCAAGACGAUGAGGAAAGCUGACGUGGAUGGGGGGGGGAGUGAGCUGGCAGGGGCGGGAGGGGAGGAGGGAGGGGAGAAGGGAGGAGGAGAAAAGAAGGUAUGGCGCCUUGUGUCUUGGAAUGUGAAUGGGUUGAGAGCGUUGCUUAAAGGUGGAGAGGGGGAGGGGGAAGGGGAGGGGAGUGGGGGGAAGAGUACAGAGAAGGGGAAGGGGAAGAAGAAAGGGGGAAGGGGAGCAGCAAAGGGGAAGGCGGGCGGAGGGGAGGAGGGGGAAUCGCAGGAUCCAGCUGGCGAGUCGCAGGAUCAGGAGGUGACCAUGGCUGCUGACGUGGCGGCUGACGUGUCUGCUGACGUGGCGGCUGAGGCGACCGUGCUGUGUCGAUUGGCCGAGAGGGAGCGUGCUGACGUGGUGUGCCUGCAGGAGACGAAGCUGCAGGAGAAAGACGUGGGGGAGAUUCAGAAGGCUCUGUCUCCUUCCUUCCCGCACUCGUUCUGGAGCUGCAGCACGGCCAAGCUCGGAUAUUCUGGCACAGCUGUUCUGUCUAAGGUGAGUGGUACCUUAUUUGCUCUCCUUCUGUCUAAGGGCGUGGGGGAGGUUCAGAAGGCUCUGUCUCCAUCCUUCCCGCACUCGUUCUGGAGCUGCAGCACGGCUAAGCUGGGAUAUUCUGGCACGGCAGUGCUGUCUAAGCUUGGAUACUCCGGCACGGCAGUGCUGUCCAAGGCGAGUCAGUGGGACUUGUGUGUUGCUGUAUGGAAGGGCAGGCAGACGGGCGUCCGGGAGAUUGCAAAGGCGCUUUAUCUCCCUCCUUUCCGCACUCCCUUUGGAGCUGCAGCAGUGGAGAGCAUGGCAGUGCUGUCUAAGGCAAGCGGUAUUCUCGCACGACAGGCCAGAGCACGACAUGGAGGGGCGCAUGUGCGCUACGGCAUGGACAAGCCAGAGCACGACAAGGAGGGGCGCGUGGUGACGGUGGGAUAUAAGACAGUCACUGUUGAUUUCACUGUCUUUCCCUUUCAGGUGCCUCCUCUCUCAGUGCGCUACGGCAUGGACAGGCCAGAGCACGACAAGGAGGGGCGGGUGGUGUCCCCCCUCUCAGUGCGCUACGGCAUUGGCAAGCCAGAGCACGACAAGGAGGGGCGGGUGGUGACUGUUGAGUCUUGUCACGGUCGAAUCAAUCGUUUUGUACAUGUGCCAAUCUCCCCCACUUUUCAGGUGCCUCCUCUCUCAGUGCGCUAUGGCAUCAACAAGCCAGAGCACGACAAGGAGGGGCGCGUGGUGACUGUGGAAUUCGCCCCCUUCUUCCUCGUCUGCUGCUACACCCCCAACUCGUCCGAGAAGCUAGUCAGACUGGACUACCGCACCAAGGAAUGGGACGUCACAUUCGGCAGCUACGUCAAGGAACUGGAGAAGCAGAAGCCGGUGGUUGUGACUGGUGACCUGAACUGUGCGUUUGGGGAGAUCGACAUUUUCCACCCCGAGGGCAACCGCAGGAGCUCGGGGUUUACCGAUGAGGAGCGGGCGUCGUUUGCAGCUAACCUGCUGGGCGUGCCCUGGGAAGGGGAAGAGGGGGGAGAGGAGGGGAAAGGGGGAGAGGGAGGAGAGGGAGGAGAGAAGGGUGAGAAUGGAAGUGGAGGGAAGAAGGGGGAAGAGGAGGUGAAAGGGGAGGGUGGAGAUGAGGGGGGAAGAGGCAAGGAACGUGGUUUGGUGGAUACGUUUCGCAGUCAGCAUCCCAAUGCAGUGACGUAUACCUACUGGGGGUACCGGUCGAAAGCAAGACCUGCUAACAGAGGUUGGCGCCUGGAUUACUUUCUUGUGUCGCAGUCGCUAGCAUCAAGAGUGCACGACUCAUACACCAUGCCAGAUGUGCCUGGCAGCGACCACUGCCCCCUGGGGCUCAUACUGAAGAUGUGA